AUGGGCUCUCCUGAGCAUUUGGUCUGCUUUCACUGUACCACUGUAAGAGUACCAGUCAGGGAAUCCGAUAACGAUGAAGAAAUAAUUACAGGCAUCUCAUGGAUUGCUGUCGACGUCAAAUCAAAUCAGGUAAAAAAAAUUCUUGCGGUGACUUGUUAUGGAUUGUGUAAGUUAUUGUGUCGGGGUUUUCCUUGCCCGGCGCGAGCGAAAAAAUUCUUGAGGGCUCUGGGGGCGAUUUCAAGUGAGAACAAUAUGACGGUGGUUUUUUUCCUCGCUAACGUUUUUCUCAUUUAUGCCGAAUUAGCUUGGUUCCGUGCAGAGAUGUGUUGUGAAAGCGGGCCUGUCUGGAGUGAACGAAGCGUUAAAAUCAACCACCAACUCAACUGUGACCAGUGAGGCUGAACUACUCGACGAAGCCUUAGACGAGGUAACGUUACUACUGGUAUAUGUUUAAUCCUUCACUUCCGUUGCCCCCUUUGUUCGAUCAACAACAAGACACGAAAUUACCGAUUUUGUGAUAAAUUUCUCUACUCCCCGUCUUCUCUCGCGCUAUUCUGCUAGCGGAGGUUGCUCAAGACCCAGAGAAAAAUUUCAAGUUAUGUCAUGCAAAAUUCAUUGGCGUGAUACGCUUGUACGGUUUGCAUUCACAAUUCAUAUACACACACUGACAACCAGUAAAGGCCGAAGAAAAGUCGCCGGGGAUAUUUUUUCAUCGCUUGCCACGGUCAGGGAGUGAAUCUUUUUUGUACAUUCGGCAUACGUAUUGCGAUCUCCUGGGUAAACCAGCCGACGGGGCCUCAAUAUAAAAUUCGAUCGGUCGCGCGCUAUUUCUAGACAGAGACGCUCGAAAUUCAUUUCAAGGAUUGCUAGAUUAAAAAAUAAUAAUAAUAAAUCGUGCGGGAAUGAAAUAUUAAAAAACAGUUAAUCCUAACAAAGUUUAUUUCUGAGGUUUUUGUAUUGUAAAUAUUUCUAAUCGAAAGUUCAGGGCGCUAGGGCGACCAAGCGCUCAGUAUGACUGAGUGCAUGGGGCCAAGUUUCUACGUUUCAAGACGACUCAGCGUGUAUCGAAUAUUUACCAAAGUAGUAAAUAUCUCUUAUCUGCCCUUUUUUCUCGAGUAUUCCUGUGUGUGGCCUUGUUCACCAGUUGUCACAAAUCUCGGUUUGCUAUUAUCAUUAUUUUAUCAUUAUUUUUUUCUGGCAAACCUUCUCUCUCUUUUUCGCACAAGAAUAACUUUUUUACCGAUCACCCCAUACAACAUUCAUAAUCUUUAACGGGCAGUUUGGUGAGAAAGUGUUAAUACAGCACUCGUUUGGCCAAUGAAAUAUUCGCCUGUUCAAAUUCGUGCUUGGUUGAUUUUUCAGGUUCCCCGGGAAAUGGCAAAAUUAAAAAAAACUUGAGAUUUGAUUCGUACGCACAGAUCGCGCUCAUCUGAUUUUUUUUGGAAGGUCGGAAAUAGAGAUGAACACCGGGAUCGGGUCAGCAAGAUCCCGAUCGAUUGUUUGAUAUCAUGUGUGCGGCUCGCGAUCUCUCGUCUAAACGCGUCCCAAAAUAAAUCUCAAGUCUCGACUGAUUGUUUUUCAAGUGUCACGUAAAAUGCCGGUCACAUUUUCGCCACAGAGAAAUCCCACUCACCACGCGCUCGGGCCAAGAAUAAGACAUAAUUGGCCUUAUUUAAGUCAGGAAUUUGAUUAAGUGUUUUAUCAAACUUAGACUGUCUAGAAUCACACAAACGCGAUUUAUAGUCGAUUUUCGUCCGCAGGGUUGGCGCGCAAAUUUGCAUCGGGUUUGCGAUCAAAACAUUAUUAGCUUUAUCCAUAGAAUGAGUGGGCGGAGGUAUUGUUUUAGAACAAAGCAUAGACAACUCUCUCAUUUUUCUUUGGUGUACGACAAAUGUACGAAGUUUCAGGUCCCUUUGUAAAUAUCUCUCCGCGUGAAAAUGUGAAAAUACUUUGUACUCCUAUUGUUUUUACCUUUGCCUUGUAUGCAUUGUGCCAUAGGAAACCCCUAAGAUUCUGUCAACACCCGAUGAUUGGCACUUGGUAUUGCCACUGCAAUCAGAUUAUUGGCUGGCCUCGUUGAUGUAUAUUUACAUUGCGUCUUGAAAUUUCUCCCUAUUAAAUCGCACUAUUGUACAAUCCGCAGGUUGUGAAAACUACUCAAUAAUGAAUUGUAAUUUAGUUAGAACAGUGGCUACUUUCUCAGGGUUUUGAAAAAUUCGUCGUCGUAUCACUUCAUUUAUAAUUAAUUUUUAGUAAAAUGUUUGUUUCUGUAUAAUUUUUUCCUUUUCAAAGUUUGUUUUCUGUACUUUGGCAUCUCUAAAGCAGUCUAAAGUGCUUGCUUUCUUCUUAGUUAAAAGAAUUCUUAUGCAAUCGUAUGGCCAAGAUUCAAAAUAUAAAGGCCGCACUUUGAAUUACACUGGAUUCUACCUCAUUAAACUCAUGUGUUCAGAGAAAGUGAAGUUUAAUAGAAUUUCAGUUUCACCAUUAUCCUAGAAGGUUUGUACUCGAUCCCUUAAUGUUUUCAUCGGAUGUUCACACACACUUUUCUGUAAUAUUUAUAGCAGUUUUCUGCCGCAGACCCAAGAAGAAUUUUUGCUAAUUGAACCACACUUAUUUCCAUAAUUUUUAGACAUGCUGUCUAUUGAAAUAUUUUCUUAGGUUUUUCUGUCUAAGGGACAUAGCUGUGAUAACAAUCAUGUCACAUGCAAACAAGUGUUUUAUUUCAUGUCCGUCAGCAUCUAUUACAAAACAAGUUGAAAGGGUAAUUAAAACUCUAAAAGUAACAAUUGAUUUCUUUCUCCAGGCUCAUUAAUUUGCUUGUGUUAAAACUUUCCUAAUUUCGUAUUCAUCUAUGAUUCCAUCAUUGUCUUUGUCUAGCUAAGAAUUGUGGGUUUCAUCUUUCAUUUUAAAUAUUCUGCUUUGUGAUAACAACUGGAUUGCUUUUGCCAGUCCUAUUUGAAUUUUUUCCAGUGAUCACUUUCCACUGUGAUUAUUAACAGUGCAAAGACUAUCAAUGACAGACAAAAUAACAGACUGCCAAAUAUUAACCACAGACAUGAGUUUUAAAAUUUCUAAGCCACACAAUAAAAAACUUGAUAUUAGAUGUAGAUAGUUGUGGAUCAUAUUGUUGUCCUAGCAGUAACUUUAGUAAUUUAAUUUUCAGUAAUUUUAAAUCUUAUCUAAUAUUUAGGCUAAUUGUUCUGAAUAGUUUAGUGUUUGGCUUUUAAAAUUAACUGUAGUCAAACUACAAAUUGUUUGACAAAGUAAAUUCCUCAAAUUUAAUUUGAUAUACACCAUUAUUGGAACUAUUUUAAAGUUGCACAAAAAUAAUUCUGAUGAUUAGGUCCGGUGUCUAAAGUCACUUUAAGCAGUUUUUCCUUUGAGUAGUGUUUGAAAUGGUGUCAUUACAUUCCUGGAGUGCUCCAUCAUCAAACAGAACUUGAAAACCCAUCGGUGUUUGUUUGUUUUGUUUUCAGUUAUAAAAAUAAUUGCUAAAGUAAUGCUUUAUAUUUUUUCUCCUCUUUCUAUACUGUAUUGCAGUUUGACAGCUUUAUCGAGAAGAUGAUUAAACGCACAGGAGAGCAAUGGUGUCUUGUGACAGAUGGACAGUUGGCUCUAAGACACAAUCUUCACUGGGAAGCCAGUAGAAAGAAAGCCAAGUUGUCUGAACAUUUCUACAGCUUUUAUGACCUCAAGAAGGAGGUAAAGAAAGCAGUUAAGCACGAUUCAGACUUCAAAAACCUGGAAGAUGUGGCUUCUUGUAUCCUUUCACCCUCCUGUGAAAUAAAUUGAAUAGAGGUUGAGUAUUUGCUGCUCAGUCAUGCUCAAUUUUAGCCAUUAUAAUUAAAUUGGAUCCCAACAUCUGGAUUUUUAUUACAGUCAACUCUAACUAAGAUGGAGCGGCACUAAUUGUCCAUUUAAGAGUGAUGUCUCUCUUAUAGAGUCAACUAAAGGAAGUAACUAAUGCAGGGACUAAUUUGUGUUGUCCAUUUACCAAGGUGUCCAUUAAAAUAGAUCUUGAGUUGACUGUAUGUUUUUUAUAUAUAUAUAUUUUUGUAAAGAGAUGUUUAUAACUCUUUCCUUAAUGAGGUAAUAGACUGCCAAAUCGAUACAAACAAUAACAACCCAGCUGGUCUGGAGCAUUGUAAACUUAUGGCAAAUGUAGUGCAGUACCUGAUUAAUGAAGGUAAGCUGUUAAAUAAAUUCUCACUGGUAACACCCCACUGGUAACAAUAGCAAAGGGUAAAACCACCUUUAGCCUGUGCACAGCUGCCCACUUUACUCAAUAUCAGAAGAGACAUAUUUUGUUUGAGGGGGAGGAGGUGGCUGACACAAGCUAAAACAACUUAUACCACACCCAAUUUGUUGACCUUAAUUUCAUGCUGUGUCACAAAGUGACGUAAAGAUUCGUCUCUGAAUGUUACAAUUAUUGUAACGACAUAGUAUCACGAUGGUCAAGAUACCUGUUUUCUUUAUUGUGUGAAUCUUAGAAGUACAUUGCGCACAUUGUGACGUCAUAAUUACAUAAUUUAUGACUCUGAACAAUGAAAAACUAGACUUGGUCCCUCUCGUUAUAUUCAGUCUUUUCCAGAACUUAGUGUUAUUAAUUUUUGAGAUUUCCACUCAUAUGCAAAGUAGCUCUGCCUUUCCAUUGUGUUGGUAGAACAUUGUAGAUUUGCAUGCUAGAAAAAGGCCGUUUCUGCAAUGGCUUGGCCCAGGAACACAUGCAGGUAGUGGAAGAAGCCUCAAUCGGAAAAUAUUUGCAUUCACAGGAUAUUUCUGCAUACAUGUGAUCAACGGCACCAUCUUGAGGCUUGGAGUGACAAAAUUGAGUGAUUUCAAAAAAAUUGUGUACCCCAGCCUAGAUCAUAUUUCAUUGUAAUGAAUGUGCUCACUUAAGCAACAUAUAGAAAAGGUCUUUGACUGUAUCGAGACCAUGUAAAUAAUCAUUUUGUUUUCCCUGGGGAUACUUUCCAUUUCCUUCCUUCUUAUGACCCCAUAGUGUGUUUGAUCAUCAUAUUUUGUAAUAUUGCAAGGUUAGGAAGGAAAUUGAUGGGGUCUUAAGGAAUUAAUCAAGUGGAACAAAGUGGGAAAUGAAAGACCUCUUUUCCUCUCACAUUUUUAUAUUAUUGGCUUAGUGUCAAACAUUAGUUGACCUGGGUGGAAUAUUUGUGAAAUAGCCACUUAGAUAACAGAUAACAAAGGCAAUUUUGGGCACAGUCUAAAAAUCUGAUGGCAGUACUGCUAAGUGAGAGGCAUAAAAAUUGUGUGCAGUGUGAAACGUGUCACACUUAGUUACGAAAACCUUACUGCUAUACCAUAGGUGAAAGGAUUAACUCUCUAAUAAACCAUGCUUCCAUUACUGUCUAAAACUGCCUGAAAGAAGGUGAUGCUGUAUAAAUUUUGUUUCCAUUGACUUGCACCAAGGGAGAAUCUUAGGGCAUUGGCUGGGAUAUUUUAGAGGCUGUAAUUUAAUGGAAGUCUAAUUCCUGGGACAAUGCAAAUUUUAGUUGAUUGUUUGAAACAACAUCAAUUCUACACACGACUGCCUUAAUCAGCAAAAAAUGCAGAAUAUUAACAUGGCAAAAAAUUCAAGCAUUCAAUUGGUCUAAACUUAAAUUUGGUGAAAUUUUCAUAUCCCCCAAGGGGGUCAUGUAGCAGCUGCUCGGAAGAGAUGUCACCAAUGUCGCCUAACCCUGACCCCAAACAAUACUGAAACAAUUGAAAGAACAUGUCAUUGUUUUCUGCGACCAAUCAGGAGAGACCUUACAAGCACAUCCUUAACACAACUGUCCCAAGGGCUUGAUUGGGCAUUUCCCUUUCUGUACCAUUAUCCUCUGUUGCUUGCACUUAGGUGUGCUAAGUGUAUUUUUUGUUUUGUGUAGGUCACAAGUUUAAGGAAGCAGAAAAGAUCAAUGCAAAGUACGAGCCUGGACCAUGGUAUGGCGCUUCUUUACAAACAAAAAAGUUGGUACCCAAACAUCACAAUUAUUUCUUAGGUACUGAGAUUUACGCAUGAAAUGUUAUGAAGUAAGAGGAUGUUUGUUUACCAUUCCAAAGUCAUUUCACCAGAAAAUCUCAGUACCAAUGAAUGUAGUAAGAAAACUGCCUUUUUGUGACAAUUAAUAAUUAUAAAUAAGUUGGGAAUAUUUUUAUCAGAUCAGAAUAAUCAUGUUAAAAAUAUUGCCAACUCAAAUUUAAUUUGUGCUGGUGAUGGCCCAUGAUAUAAAAUUUCAACACAGAUGCUUCUUCUGAUAAGGACAGUUAACUCUUGAGUUCUUAACAAUAAUCAAUAGCUAUUUAACAAUAACCUGUAAGUCUUUUUAUUUAAGUUAACUCUUUGGCAAAUGUUGUUUCUAUCUUUUGUUUUUAGGGGGAGGGGCAGUGGCUUGUAAAGCAUUCCUUGUUGAAUUUAAUAAUAAUAAUUAUUGAUCUAGUUUGUACUUCAUUGAAAAAUGGCCAUUUUUGUUAAUCCCCAAGCAAUUUAAUCCCUUGUAUUAGUUACUUUGACAAGAAAGAGCUUUGUACAGAAAAAUGCCUGAAACACCAGUGACAAAUGUUGAUAAUGUUAUUGUGAGUUGUCAUGAAGUCUUCAAUAACCUAAUGCAUUGAUUACCACCCACAUGUACAACAAUGUCACCUGCUUUAACAAUGAAUCAUUUUCUUUGCCAAGAAUAUUUCCUCAAAAUUUUAAGUACUAUUAAUCUCGAUUUUUUUUGUUAAUCCUCCUUGGAAGACUGAAUCAUGUUCUUCAUAAGUUCGGAGGUGAAAAGUUCUAAUGUGAAAAGUUAAAAAAAAACAAACAAACAAACAAAAUUUGUAAGUUACAUGCUCUAUAAACUAUUGCUCUUUCAUGUUGCUUGAGAUUGUUAUUUUAAGUUAAAUGUUUCAUUAUUCAUUAGAUUAUAAAAAGAAUAUAAUAAAUUAUUUAAAAGAAAUCCUUCCUGUUACAGCCUCGGGGUGGUCCUUGAUGAUACUAUUUUAAGAGCAAGAGGACUUCCUUGGCAAGCUUCAGAUCAAGAUGUUGCAAACUUCUUCAAGGGACUCAACAUCGUAAGGUACACUGUGUAUUGUCAACUAGCAGCCAACAGAUUGUAUCAGUUAUGGAUAAUAAUUUAACAUUUUUAUUUAGCUUUUCUGAAAAAUAUUUUUUAUCUCAUAAAUACCGUAAAAUUCCGAAAAUAAGCCCUGGUGCUUACAUUUUUCAAAGACCCUUUUUGAGGGGCUUAUUUUUGGAGGGGCUUAUAUACGGAGGGAAAUUUGCGUUUCAAAAUCGAUUGGGCUAGCCUUAUAGUUGGAAGUAAAUUUACCAUUUUUGCUUUGUUUUACUUGGUAUUUGAGGGCAAUUUUCCAAGUACAAGCCCCCGGGGUACUUAUGUUUGGAGGGGCGAAAAAAACAGAGGGUUUUUUGCAUUACCGGUUUGGGGGGCUGAUAUUAUUUUGGAGGGGCUUAUUUUCGGAAUAUUACAGUAACUGAAAUGAGUCAUUUGGUGGACCUUUCCAAGUUUUAAAUGGAUCAUACCUGUUGUUCCUACUCAAACAACUUCUUGUGUUGUACCAGUAUUAAAUUCAGAAGAAACUAUACUUUGCUUGUAUAACUACGUAUUGUUCAUUGUUUGCAAAAAAAGUUAUGUUUUUCUUUUUUUAAAUUUUUUUGUUUGGCAAUAUACAUAAAGUGAAAUAAUUAUAGUUAUUAAGCUUACUAAUAAUUCGUUUAAGCUUCUUGUUUUGAUAGAAAAUAUUUGAGAACAAGCAGCGACAGCAUAAAUUAAUAAAUUAAAUGUUGCCAGGUGAGUUACAUGUUUAAGUAUUUUCCUUUUUAUUCCAGAGGAGGGAUUGCUUUCUGUUUGAAUGCCCAAGGAAGAAGAAAUGGGGAAGCUUUCAUUAGGUUUGAAAAGGGAGAACAUAGAGAAUUAGCAAUGAAAAGACACAAGCAUCAUCUUGGAACAAGGUACAUUGAGGUACGGAGAGAUAAACUUCUUCAGUUUUGUGGUCAGGAAUAGACCCAAUGUAAAAAUGGCUGCUGGGUUAAUAUUUUUUUGUUUCAAUUAAAAUUAGCCUGACUAGCUGUUUUCUUUAAAGUACAAAAUUCAAGAGAAUACGUUAUCUCAAGAGAGGCUAAUUUUAAUUUAAACACAAGAAAAUUAAUCCAGCAGCCAUUUUUGGAUUGGGUCCGUUAAACCCAAUGUUUAUCUGCUGAACAAACCAAAUUUCAUUUGUGGGAAAAUGCAUGCAAGGCAAGAGAGAUCAACUUCUUCAGUUUUGUGAUCGUGAAUCAAACCCACUGUUCAUCCGUUGAACACACCAAUUUUUGGGUUCAUGGGAAAAAGAAUGCUGGCAAGUCACCCGUAGCCUGCCAAGGCAGGAGUAAUUUUUGCUUUAGUGCAUCAGAAACAAAAAGUAAUCUGGAAAUACAUUUUACAUUGGACCUGAACCCUGAUUAAUUUGUUGAGUGUGAAAUUUUAAGCCAUCGCAAUGCACUUAGCAAAACAAAAACAAAGUACAUUACAGAGUUACAUUGGACUCUAUACUGGACUUAUCUGUAGUAGUCUUUAUUCCCCUAGCAUGCACCCAAUUUGUGAAAACAUCACCUCAUUUCAUACCAAACUAGUCAUCAGUUUAUUAGUGUGAGUCAGUGAUAUAUAUAAUUAUUUGUUUGUUCUUGUGAGGUUACAGUUUGGUGUGAAAUGAGGUGAUGUCUCCACAUGUCAUGUGCAUGCGAGAUGAAAAUACAGGUGCAGGCAUAUUUUUCAGGAAAAGGAGUGCUUUAUAGUAUCUCAUUCUAGGCAAUUUGAAAACAGAGGAAGAUUGACUCAUCCACUUUGUAAACUGAGCAUUCAAUUAGAUUCACAAGAACUUUGUUGAUUCCUAAAAAAAACAUGGCACAAGCCAACGUGAACUCUCAGUGCAAAUAUUCUCCUAAAACAUUCCCCAACAUUGCUGUUGAUAUUAUGCCAUUUCAAGGCAUCAUAUGUUUACUAAAAGCCUUAUCUGGAACGUCAUGACUUAACUGCACUAUUAUUCUAACGCCACACACAGAGUAAGAGAAAUUCCACUGAGGCAUCAGACUGUUACAUUGACCUUGAUGCUGUUAUAACCAAGGUGAACAGUAUUGUCUCUAAAGACUUCCUGUUGUAUUCUUUCUUAAUAUUCUUUUAUUGAUUCCUAAAAUAAAGUAUUACUUUAUAUUUUAGGUGUACAGAGCUACAGCUCAAGACUUUUUAAAGAUUGUGAGAGGUAUUUAUUUCUUCUUGAAAUAAUUUCCUCCUUUGGUAGUGUACUUAUUAAUUUUUGUUAAAACAUCUUCAUUGUUCAAUAUUAUUUUUUGGAGGGGAAACGCUGACUACUAACAGCCCUCUCUAAUAUGGCUUCUCACCUCUGUGUGUAAGAUAGCAAUUGGGAGGUUCACCUGUAUUUCAUUUCACAUUCUUUGGUUACCUGCAAAUAGCAAAUGCUAGUCCAGGUGGGCGGUGUCUAUACAAAAUUGUCCAAAUCUAAAUUGAAACUAUCCAAAUAAUUCAUUAUAUUAGAUAUAGAAAUAAAACAUUUUCUGUCCAAAUUGUAGGUAGUCCUACAGAGCUCAAAAUUUUUUGUUUCUUCUCAGCAUGGGCACACCUGUUAGUACAAUAAUUCCACCAAAUUUGCUUGUAUUAUAUAAUAAAUAUAUUGAAUAUUAUUGUCUCUUGAGGUCCAAUUGAUGUCACGCAGAUUGCUUCCAAUUUUGUUUCAAACAAGGCAGAAGUAAUCAUCAGAAUGAGAGGGCUUCCAUUCAACACAAAAGAAUCAGAUGUUGUGAGUUUAUUACUUUUUUUCCUGCCAAGUUGCUCAGACAUGUUAUUUGGCUCAAUAGAGGAAUGAUUAGAUUUGAUGGAGACCUAAUAUGGAUCAAUACUAAUCUCGUGGAUUUAUAAUGAUGUGGUAUGGAUCAUUGCUGGCAUGAUGUGGAUCAAAAGAUGUGAUGUAGAUUGUCAGACUGACAUGAUAAAAUUAUAGUGUAACCAUUUAAAAAUGGUUACGCUAUAAAAGAAAAGCUGUAUUGUUGCUACUUGUACGUGCUCAUCACACAUGUUCCAGCAAUAAAUGAUGAGAAUUUGUUUUACAAACAAGAUCGAUCUUGGCCUUAAUGGAUUAAUAUAGGCGGUGAUAUUGUCAAGGAAAAUAAAUGGAGAGUCUGGUGGGUUAACCCUUUAAGUCCUGAAAAUGACCAAAGAAUAUCAAUUUUCCCCUUUUGAUAUCAUUACAUAAUCAAGAGAAAAUGUGAGAAUCAAUAAAGUAAUCACCUCGUGGAAAAUGCUUUGAUCUUCAAACAAAUUCUCUUAACUAAUUCAUUAAGGAAAUAUAUGGAAACAGUGUCUGGAAAAUUUUUAUUUGGAUAUUGGGACUUGAAGGGUUAACAGACACAUGAAAUGGGUUGAUGAGUUAAAAUAAAUCAUAAAUUGAUUAGUAGACAUGAUUAAAGCUGAUGGACACAUGACUGUAUUAAUUAACGUGUAAAAAAGAGAAAUCAAAUACACUGUAUGGGUUGAUGCAGAGGUGAUGGAAGCUGACAGAGACUUACUAUGACUUGCUGAUCGAAGACGUGACAUUAUUUUGUGUUGCUAAAACCACAAUGUAGGUGAAGAGUCAAGAAGGGUAAUUGUAACAUUGAUGCAUGGGGUAUCAAAACUCACGUAAAAUUCUUAAAACUAUUAAGCAUCAUGAAUGAUCACGACACUGGCUGAGAAUUGUGUAAAUAGACUGAGAAGUUAGAAUAUUAAAAGUUUAAUGUCUCCUGAAAUUGAUUCUGUGAAUGAAAGAGUCAAUAUGCUUACUCUAUAAGCAUGGUUCAUUCUUCACUUUUUUUUCUUUGUAGAUUAAGUUCUUUGAAGAUGAUGUACCAGUGUUUAAGGGAGAAUCUGGAAUCCUAAUGGUUAGAAACAGCUUUGGAAAGCCAACAGGAGAUGCCUUUGUUCUUUUUGAAACAGAAGAGCAUGGGUGUACUGCACUAAGAAAGCACAGGUGUUCAUUGGGUUCUCGGUAUGCGGAGCUGUUCCGUAGCUCCCAAAGUGAGGUUCAGCAAGUUCUCAACUCAUACAGCAACUUUAUGCACAACUUUCUUCCACCAUUUAUGCUUCCACCUCUUCCACCGCACCUUCCAUUUCCUCCUCCCUUUUUGCUGCCUGGGCAAUCCAUUAAUGGCAUGAACAGUAAGGACUGUUUGCGUCUACGGGGUCUACCAUUCUCAGCAACUGUCCAAGAUGUACUAGACUUUCUUGGGGACCAUGCAGCUUUUGUUGUUCCUGGUGGAGUUCACAUGGUGUUUAACACACAGGUAAAUUAAUGUUAUUGUCAGUGAUCACAUCUUGUUAUGGUACCAACACUUCUCAAACUCAACUGUAAAUUAUAACAGGCAACUCAUGAGUCUUCAUAAUAUUGUAUUUUUAUGGGCAGCAUUACCAUUCUUUCAAAAUAAUAUUAUUGAUUGAAUUAUUAUUGUGCGGUAGGUUAAAAAUGAAUUAAUAGCCAAUGAAUCUUACACUUGUCUUAUCAUGCAAGCCUAAAAUUAAUAAAUAAUUAGAAUUUUUUUGUUUCAUAGGGUCGACCAUCUGGAGAUGCUUAUGUUCAGUUAGUGUCUGCAGAGUGUGCAAAAACAGCCACUGGUGAUUUGCACAGACAGCACAUGGGAGAAAGAUACAUUGAAGUAUUUCCUUGCUCCGGAGUUGACAUUGCUUCUAUCAUCACCAGCAGUACAAUCAAUCAAACUAAGUUACCGUCACUCAACUCCACACCAUUUAGCCAUCCGUGUACAUUUCCUGUGACUGACGGGGUGGUUACACACACGGGGACACACAUGAAUGGACACACGGACAGUAUAACACCUCCACCUUGUCGCAGCCCUACAGGAGUGUAUGUGGCCAACUCGCCACCACCAACAUACUUCAACUGUGUUAUGCCAACAAAUGGCAUUGGAGGAGGAAACCUGAAUAAUUUUUAUUACCCACCAGCCACUGCAAAUGUUCGAAUGAGAGUGUCACCAUACUUAGCACAACCAUAUGAAUUUAUACCCUUCUUUCAAGGAUACCAGGUAAAAGUCUGA